CGCCAGCGCUUCCCUCAAGGGCCCCGCCCCCGAGGUUUUGGGGGUCCGUUACUCCCUCCCCCCCCACUUGACAGUACUUUUGCUCAGGAGUGAAUGAUGGGUUCUGAAGAGAAUGAAAGUAGAUUAUACAAAAUCACAACUUCUCAGCAAGCAUUCUGUUCCUGUUGUGGUGCUGUUAUUACAUCAGUUUUGGUGACACCCCUAGAUGUUGUCAAAGUUCGACUGCAAGCUCAAAGCAAUCCAUCCCUCAAAGGAAAGUCUUUUUUGGAUUCUGAUGGCUUAACGGAUCACGUUUAUCUCUAUGAAAAUGGAACUGGCAAAACUUGGAAUAAAACGUGUGGCCGUUUUACUGGCAUGAAGGAUGCUUUUGUGAAAAUUGCUCAAAGAGAAGGCAUUAAAGGAUUGUGGAGUGGACUACCUCCAUCACUAGCAGUUUCAGUUCCAACGACAGUAAUUUAUUUUACCUGCUAUGAUCAACUACGUGAUGCCUUCGUUUCUAAGUUAGAAGAUAAUGACUACAUCCCACUUAUUGCAGGUGGCAUAGCCAGAUUGUGUUCGGCCACUAUAAUAAGUCCAGUUGAAAUGAUUAGAACAAGAAUGCAAUCUCAGCGGUUGACUUACAAACAAUUGCUUGCCUGCAUUAGUAGUAGUAUCACCAAAAAUGGCUGGCUUUCACUCUGGAAAGGAUGGGGUCCUACUGUUCUUAGAGAUGUGCCAUUUUCAGCAUUGUACUGGUAUAACUAUGAAUCCUUCAAGAAGACAUUAUGCAAGGAAGCAGAUAUACAUGAGCCAACAGUCCUUAUUACCUUCUCUUCAGGAGCAGCAGCUGGUUGUAUUGCUGCUACAUUAACUUUACCCUUUGAUGUAGUAAAAACACACAAGCAAACUGAACUUUGGGAAACUGAUAUCACACAAUCAUCACAAAAAAGUGCACCAUUAUGGAGAAUAAUGAAGAGAAUUGUGGCUGAAAAUGGAUUUACUGGGUUAUUUACUGGUAUUAUUCCAAGGCUGACAAAAAUUGCUCCUGCUUGUGCCAUCAUGAUUAGCACAUAUGAAUAUGGAAAGUCUUUUUUUCAUAAAUUAAACAAAAAUCAAGAAAUGAAGAACCAUUAAUACUGCUUCUGUAGACUUAAAAGUAAUAGAAUUGUUGUGCAUUGAGUGAGAUAUCAAGGUGCACAAAAGAAGCAUUACAUCUUAAAGUAUAAGUCACUUUUUCCAUGCCUCCAUCCACCUUUGUUCAGUAUGAAGAUCCAACCCUGCAGAAGGAGACAGAGGCUGUGUCCCUAAACAUUAUCUGUGUUUAAAUGAAUACAGAAAACAGGAACUACUGUUUAGUUUCUGUAAAAGUGUGAGAAUUUGCCUGCCAUUCUAUAGCCACUUCAUGUAGUGAGCAGUGCUACGUAUCUGAUAGCAGAAUGUAACUGUUGCAUUUAGUAGGUCUGCUUGUGCUACAGAAAAAGAAACUCUUGGAAAUAAGGAUGUAUAUAAAUAAGGAUGCAAAGAACCAAGUCUUUACAUAACUUUUAAAACAAUACUAUGGCACCUUCAAAAGCUAAUAGAUUUCAUGUGGCAUGAGCUUUCUUGAGCUACUUCCCAUUUCCUCAUGUAGGGAGUAUGUGUCUGAAGAUUACAGGCCAUAGGUCAUACCAUAAUAAAACUAUUAGUACAGGUGCCACAUGACUCUUAGUUUUAUCUGUAACUGACCAACACAGCUACCCCCUUUAAAACAGCUACACAACUUUAAUGACUGCAAGUAGUAGUAUUCUUGCCUUGAAAAAAGCUUAUAAUUGGGUUAUGAUAAGUAUUUGUUUGUAUAAUUGUGGCACAUCACUAGCAUUAAUAAAAUCAUUCCAGUUUUGCUAGAAGUGUGUAGAUCUUAAGCAGUUUCCUGAUCUUGAUGUUUUAUAUGCUUACCUGCCCUGAGUCUUUGGGAUGCAACUUCCAAAAGCUACCACUCUUUCCAUUAAAUUAGAGGGGUUUUUUUAAGAGAAAGGGACUGUUUAAACUUAAGGGUUAAUAGUAGCAUACAGGUGCAGCCAGCUGUUGAGCAGAUCAACCAUAGGCUGUUAUCAGGACAUGCAUGUCAUGAUUCCUGAGAGGAGGUAAUUAGAGUUCCAAAUCCACAUAAAAUAAUCUGUCCAUAAAUGUAGUCUCAUGUGUGUAAUUUCUUCUGGAUAUAGAAGUUAAGUUUUAAUAUGUUUUGAGUAUAAAUAAUACAGCUUUCAGGUUUUUUAAAUCUAGGUAAUUUUGAGUGAGGUUUAAGAAUCAUAUUUAAAUUAUUGCAGUAACAUUGUUUACUGAAUCCAAAGGAAAGUUACACAACAGAUGUUUGUAGCUAUGUUUUUAGCAUUUGGGGAAUUUCUUUCAAUAGCCUUCAUAAUUUAACCAGCAAAUGCCAAUUUUACCAUUCUCAGUGAGUGCUAGUUUUCUCAUUCUACAUCACAGGAGGGGUGGGAUAGGAGCAGCCAACAGGAAAGGACUGAAUGGAUUUUGAAGAGUAAGUCUCGUUAGACAUUCCUUCUAGAAUUGUUCAUAAAGGUAAACUGUGUUUAGUCCUCGACAGUGCAGAUAACUGUCUACAAAAUGUUACACUCACUAUUACUCUAUUUUUCUCUCCCAAACUCUUUCAUCUCUUUGAACUGCCCAGAGGUGAAACACACUACAUGGGCAGUAUUGAAAUGUAAUUCCCAUGAAGCCACUGGUUCAAGGUUAGGGAGUGUAGUCUGUCUAAGUGUUUGAUUGUAACUCUUAGCACCUGUACCCUACAUAACUAAUGGUGAAUAACGGAAGUUGCAGCAAGAGUCUCAAACCCUACUUUGACUUAACAAGUUAGCUUUGUUUCAGUUGGGGAUUGAGAUAAAAUAGGAAUUUGUUGAACUUCAUCCCUUUCUACCCUUUUGCUAAUCUGCACUGAUUUUCCACUGAUAAAAUUUAGACUGGGAUUAGGAAUGUAGAGUUCUCAAGAUACUGUUUGUAACUUCCAUCCUCCUCACCAUUGGCCAUGCUGACUAGGCCUAGCUGGAGCUGCAGUCCCCCAAAGUCUAGAUGUCACAUGUUGUACAUCUUUAGGUUAGAUUUUGAGUAUGAGGGCACUCACUUUUUGUGUUACAAUGAACCCUUGUAUACUACAGAUGUACAAAAAGAUUUUAAAAAAUAAUAUGCAGUGAAAAUGAAUGCUUAAUACAACUAUAGGAUGACUAAUAUAAAACUGCAGGAAAAUGCUACUCCUUUAAAAGAGUAAAAUCAAGCAAACAAAGCCAUGUGGUCCUAACAAAAUACAAAAGCAAGGGGAGCUGAUAAUUUCAUUAGACCACUUAAAUAAUAUUUUUUAAAAACAGAAUCUAAAAAUAGCUUGCUGUUGAUCUAUACUAGUCUUCAAUCAGGUUGUGCACCAAUAUGGUGUGACUAGUGCAGAAAAAAAAUCCAAAAGUUAAGUCUGUGCCUGGUUUGUUUCCUAAAAGUGCUGAUUUUUGAGAAACAGACCUACCAUGACUUCUGAAACUUUCAAAUAUUUUUUCUGCACUAGCCACAGUAUAUUGAUACACAGCCUGAUAAAGACUAACUAGUAUUGGUCAAAAGCCAGCAUUAAAAAAAUCUUUUACUGGUCUUAUAAAGCUAUCACCUUACCUUGCUUUUAAAAGAGCAAAUACUCAUUAACGUCUAUCAUUGGUAUAAAAUCAAUUUCACAACUCUCAUAAAAGCAAUAUGUAAUGCAAAGCUGCAUGUUU